AUGUUAAGAUCUCCACCAUCUGAUUAUCACCGAACUAAUUCGGCUCCACAGAUAAAUGAUACCAACGAUGACCAGUCGCUAAUUGGCAACAUAACAAUUCGUGGAGAAAAACGUCGCCGAUUAUCGAGCGAACAGAUGUUAGAUAUGACAUCCUUUAGGACACAAAUGCAGGAAAUGCUUUCCCAAAUGUUUGAAACAUUUUCAGAAAAACAAAGCCUGCUUUUUGAUGAUUUACAUAUGCGAAUCAAUGACAUCGACACCAAAUUAACUUCGGUGCAAACAUCCAACCAAGAAAUUGAGUCCAAAUUGUCUACCCUCAAUGAGCAAGUCUCUUCGAUGCAAAAUAAACUUUUAGAAAUAGAUGAUGAACAAAAAUCAUUAAGCGACAAACUGAUUAAGCUGGAUAUUAGGUUAAGUGGCGUUGAACGGUCAUAUAAAAAAACCUGUAUCGAAAUAAGAAAUACCCCAAAAGUUUUGAACGAAAAGAAAAAUGACCUUUUCAAUAUGGCAUAUGUAGUGCCCCUAUAA